UCUUCCUCCCUGUGACAUCCCGACACGAGCAACGGCCGGUCCGAUUCUCUCUCCUACAAGUUGCUAACUUGCUAUUUCCAGCAUCUCUCUCUCUCUCUAUCCAGCACCCUAGUCAACGUCAGGUCCUGUUCAGCUCGAGGCCGAAAGCCGAAACCCCCCGAAGUUCCUCGUUCGACGAUUCAUCAUCCCCCCCCAAAAAUCCCCGAUCUUCUGGAAACAAGAGAUGGAUCUCUCGAGCUUGACCGUCGAGCUCUCGCUCUCCCUCAAAAUCUACACCUUCCGAUUCAAGUUCAGGCACUGAAAUCCCGUCCCGUCCCCCUCUCUGCCUCCGUCUCGACUCCAUUUUAUCUUCCUUCCAGCUCGCGAUUUCUAGGGUUUUUUUUUUUUUCUUUUGCUUUCUUCUCUUCUUUUAUGGGUUCGAGCUUCUCGGGGUUUUCGUCGGACUCGGACGCGGACGGGGACGGCGCCCUCGCGAAGCCGAGGCUGGGCGACAUCCCGGAGAGCUGCGUGGCGGCGGUGCUGAUGCACCUGGAUCCGACCCAAAUCUGUAGCCUGGCCCGAUUGAACCGGGCCUUCCGCGGCGCCUCCUCCGCCGAUUUCAUCUGGGAGGCGAAGUUGCCGGAGAAUUACGGGACGAUCGUGGAGAAAGUGCUGGACGAGCCCAAGGUGCUGAAUUUGGGCAAGAAGGAGAUCUACGCUCGCCUCUGCAGGCCUAAUUCAUUCGAUGGCGGUACCAAGGAAGUUUGGCUGGAUAAGAGGACGGGCGGGGUUUGUCUGUCGAUUUCAUUCAAGGCCUUGAUGAUCACCGGAAUAGACGAUCGAAGAUACUGGAAUCACAUUUCGACCGAGGAAUCUAGAUUCCAUUCGGUUGCAUAUCUUCAGCAAAUCUGGUGGUUUGAAGUAGAUGGCGAGUUGGAAUUUCCAUUUCCUACAGGGACGUACAGCGUCUUCUUCAGAGUCCAGCUCGGUAAGUCGACUAAGAGACUGGGCCGUCGUGUAUGCAAUCCCGAGCACGUCCACGGCUGGGACAUAAAGCCCGUCCACUUCCAGCUCACAACUUCUGAUGGACAGCGUGUCGCGUCCCACUGCCAUGUGGACAAUCCGGGGAACUGGAUCCAUUACCACAUGGGAGACUUUGUCGUCGGGAAGUCCGACACAUCGACGAAGAUCAAAUUUUCAAUGACCCAGAUCGACUGCACUCACACCAAAGGCGGUCUCUGCGUGGACUGCGUCUUGAUAUGUCCCAGUAGUGUAGGCAAAUUGAUUAAUUCAUUGUCAUAGUGCGAGUAUCGUAGUGAGAUGGGGAAUCGUGCGAUAGUACAUAGUUCGGGCGAAACCGUAGAGCUUAGUUUUGAUUGGAUGAAGAAGCUUACUGCGUCCAUGUACAUAAGUGUUUUGAUAUUGCUCCUCUCUUUCCUAAUAAUCCAAUUUCUGUGCUGCCUGCGAUAGUAUAUAGUUCGGGCGAAACCGUAGAGCCUAGUUUUGAUUGGAUGAUGAAGCUUACUGUGUCCAUGUACAUAAGUGUUCUGAUCUUGCUCCUCUCUUUCCUAAUAAUCCAGUUUCUGCGCAGUCCCA